CACAUCCGCUGGAAAUUUCCCCUCGAAAUAAUCAAUCAUUUAAUUUUUAAAAAUAAAACUCAUGAUUACGACAAGUGGGUACCAGACUGCCGCAUUUUACUAGUGACCGGAUUACCAUUCGACCAAAAGGAAGAACACAUCCUGCAUAACUUAAUAGACCUCUACUAUCGGAACCAAGAUAGAGACCCUAUAUUGGAUGUGGUGAAUAUAGAUAAGUCUGAUUAUUUGUUUGAUGCUCUGAAUUUAUAUGCAGCUGUUGAGGAGCAUCCGAGCAAGUACGAAUUAUUCGCAAACAAUUUGGGCAUUAUCAAAUUUGCUUUACUUUUCGGAGCAAAACAUAAUGCAUGUAUAAACGUGACAGAUCACACAUACUUGCUUUAUAACCUCAGUGAACUGUGUAGAGCUAAUCCUUGUUCUGUUGGUUCUGUUGGUUCUAUUGGGUCACUUUAUUUUAAGAAUGAACAGUGUGCUAAAAACUUUUGGAUAGCUUUUAAAUCGUCUUCUACUUAUAUGUAUGAAAAAUGCGUUAGGUUAAUCCCAGACAAAAAUGAAUUAAAGGUCUACAUCGAGGCAUCUAUGUAUUUUGUCAUGCCUGGUGCUCUCUUCGUCAACAUAAAUUAUGCACAACUCAAUUUGGUACUUAACAGUUUACAGCAAAAAAGUCCAAUUAUCUUCGAGCAAAUUAAUAAUAUUAAAUUAAGGUAUCCGGACAAAACCAUUUGGGAUUUGAUCUCUGAGAAUGUGAUUUUGGAUGAUGCACUUGAUGUGGAGGCCCCUGCGCAAGGUGCCGUAGGGGAAAGAAGCCUAGAGGGAAACGAUCAGCUGAGAGGUACAUCUAUCGGCCAUUUUAGUGGCGGAAUGGUGAAUGUCGCUAUGGGGAAAAUCAACCAAGAUGCUCGAAGUGGUAUGGGUGAACAGAAGGAUGAAAACAUGGUGAGGGAUGUACUCGAAGAUAUGCGUGAAGAAGAGCGGAACAAAUAUGAGCGCGAUUGCGAUGAUAGCCAAUCAUCCGGCUGGGCAACAGACCAGGUCCUUAAUGAAUGUGAUUUCGAAAACUCUUUUGAUGAAAAUGGCAUACAGGGGAUGGAAGACGUGGAGAAUACACUCCUCAACAGAAUCCACUGCACCCCAAAUUUCCUCAUGCGCAUUUACAAUACGCAUAUCAAUAGGUACCUUCUGGACAAGGGACUCUGCCUGCUAGCAUGUCCAUACUUAGACGAAGAAUCGGGAAAAAAAGUGGCGAACUUCUUAAUGAAGUUUCACCUACUAGACUGGACAUUUAGCGAAACAGAUGAUGCAUGCUACUUUUACCUUUUCAAAUCCAUAAUAAAUGUUUUUGCAGUAUCGAAAAAGGUUUUUAAGGGAACCUUUAAUUAUGCAGUCUCCACGCUCUUUUUGAAAUUGCCCUUCGGAUUAGUCCCGUCUGUUUAUAUCCGCGUGAACCCUAGAUUGCUAGGCAAUUUGGGGGACCGCCUCAGCGUGACGCCGGCCAAAACGUUGGAGGAAGUGACGGAGGUGAAACAAAUGAAAGAUGCGAAAGAGGUGAGGGGAUCCACGGAAAAGGUGAAGAAUGACGAACACACGCACACAGAUAAUUCCGUCCUAACACCAGCUUAA